UCUUUUGUCGUUUGUUUCUCAAACUUCUCAUUCAGAUACUAAUAUUACUUAUAUCUGUUCUUAUCGUCAUUAACUAAAUCCUAUAAACUAUGUUACCUGGAGAGGAUAAAAAACAAAAUCUUAAAGAAUUAUUUUCAAAUGAUUUACAAUGUAAAGGAUGUAAUCAUCAAAUUAAUGAUAGAAUAUUAAUACUUUUAAUAAAAAAAGGUAAAUCAAUAAAUGAUAAAAUCAAUAAUGAAUCAAUUAAAUUUAAUAAACAAUUAAAAUUAUCAUCAAAUUUAAUAAAAUCAGAAAUUUAUCAUAUUCAUUGUUUUAAUUGUUUUGAAUGUGGUGAACAUUUAUCAUUUAAUAAUGAAAAAUGUUGGAUAUAUCAAGAAAAUAAAAUUAUUUGUAUUAAUUGUAGAAUAAAAUAUAAACAUUGUGGACGAUGUCGACUUCAAGUACCUGAAGAUAUGAAAGUUCAUAAAUUAAAUCGUGUACCAUUUCAUACAACAUGUUUCACAUGUUUUCAAUGUGGUCGACAAUUAUAUCAAGGUGAUAAAUGUGGAAUAUUUAAUAAUGAUGUAUUAUGUUAUGAACAUUAUAUGUCUAAAUUGCUAUCAUGGAAAGCAUUAAAUUUAGAUUCAGAUUCAAUAUCUAAUAUAAAUCAAAUUGAAUCUAAUCAAAUGGAUAAACUACAACAAUUUUUAUUGGAUCAAGAACAUUUUUCAAUCAAUAUGAAUGAAUCAAAAAGUAAUCGAAAUUUUAAUCAAGAUCAUAUUCAUUUACCUAAUGAUAGGCAUAAAGCAGAUAGAAUAACGAUGAUGAAUGCUAACUGUAGUACAUCGUCUACAUCGUUGUCUUUUAAUCAAUCAAGUGAAAUAACCGACAGUUUUUUAGCUUCAUCAAACUAUCCAACAGUAAGUAAUCUACAAAGCAUUUCAAAUAUUCCAUCAACAACGUCAGCAAAAUUUACCGCUGUAAAUUCAAUAGAAAAUUGUCAAACUACAGAUAAUUGGUGUUCAAUUGAUGAAUCUAUGCUCAACGAAGAAAUUCUAUUAAGUAAUGGUGAUAUCUCUAUGACACUAACUGAAAAUGGUCAUUCAAUCGAUAGUAGUACAAGUAGUAAUUGUAGUAUACAUUCAAAAUCAAAACGUAUCAGAACAAGUUUUACACCUGAUCAAUUAGCAAUACUUCAAGCAAAUUUUGAUAUUGAAGCUAAUCCAGAUGGUCAAGAAUUAGAACGUAUUGCUGGUAUGGCGAAACUAAAUAAACGUGUUACACAAGUAUGGUUUCAAAAUGCUAGAGCACGUAAAAAGAAGAUUGAAUGUCGUGGUACUCUUGAAGGACAACAUGAUCAAAUAAGUUUUAACAGUUUAACUUGUUGUUUAUCUGAUUCUAUGGGAAUAGAAGAAUUCUAUGAUAGUUCUAAAGAGAAUAUACCUUCAAUGAAUAAUAUGGAUGAAGGACUUUUAUCAACUAAUGAUAAUGGAAUGAAUUCAAAUCAAAUUUAUGAACGGGAAUAUAAUUGCAAGUCUGAUUGUUUCAAUGAAUUGAAUCAUGUUACUAAUAAUGAUAAAAACAUGAGUAAUGAAAGUAAUAUCGGGAAAAAUUUUUCACAUUUUCAUUUUCGUUCUGAUCCAGUGUUUAUUAAUGAUAAUAGUUUAACAUUGAACGGUAACGAACUGAACUAUCCGAAUAGUAAUAACACUAUAGAGCAUGAUUUUAUCAUGAACAGAUUGUUCUCAAAUCCCAAUUCAUUUGGGAAAAUACCUUUUUCUUCAACAAAUGGACAUUGUGUGUCAUUAUCUGACACAACUCCUCACGAAUGUGAUCGUCUCGAAAGAACGAGUUCUAUGAAGGAUUCUUCAGCGACUAAGAAUGCUUUCAAUACUAUUGGGGUAAAUAAUCAAGGUGUUCAAAUCAAUAAUACUACAUCUAUAAAUGUUAGUACCGAAGAUGUCGUUACGUUUGAAAAUACGAAUGGAUCAAGUCAUCCGCAGAAUUCCACAUCGUCAGCGAGGUGUUCCGUUAGGCCGAAUCUAUUUGCAGAUCAAAACAUGGUUAACAUUGUUCCAUCAAAUUAUCGUUUGCCAAAUAAUUUUUAUUUUCCUGCAAUUGCGUUACCAACGAACUGAUUUACCUAUGACUACAUAUAAGCAUAUACAUUACACCUUUCUCUUAAAUAUACAGCCAUUGAUUUGGAUAACACAGGUAAAAGCAAUCAAAUGAAUCACGUAUACAAAAUAAUACACAUACUAAAAAUGAUAUAGUCUUUUUGAUUAGCCCCAUUUCUCGUGGGAUUUACAUUCAAACAUUUUACCUUUUAUAUUUUACACUACUGAAAAACAAAAAAGUAAUAAUAAAGUCAUCUUAUAAUUUAGUCACAUAUAACACAAUCAUAGUACCUUGAUCUGCGUUUUAUUGAACACAAUUAAACUAAAUAAAAUCUGCUUACAAAUUAGACGUACAUUUUUCAUUUAAUACUUUGGUUUAUCUUAUUUAAACAGACAAAAAGAAUUCAUUUCAGUUUGGUCUUUUCUUUGUGUUAUAAUGAUGUAACUGUAUGAAAUACUGAAAUUAAAACAUAUUUCAUCAAAAUGAUUAAAUAGACAUUAAUUUAAUUGU